AUGGAUCCGUCUCCCAUAAUAGCGACCCUGGCACCCGUACUCGAGUCAAAUGCGAAUAUCCUAGAAAAUCUCCAGAUUGCAGAAGACAAUGUCGAAUCCGAAAAGGACAAGGAAGCCCUAAGCAAUCUCUACCUCGCCGCCGACCAUCUCAGCGACCUGACGAUUUUUGUCUUCACCAACUUGUCCGUUGAGCAGCAGGCACUUAAAAAUGCAGACACCAGCGCCGAGACAGUCGAGCUGAUUACGGGGGUUAUCAGCGCGCUGGCAUCGAUUGUCGAAAAUAUCGAGGAAUUCAGCCAGUUGCUGUGUGGGCGCGCAAAUGACGAGGAUGAUGAUGACAGCGACGACGAUGAGCAUGUCACGUUGGAAUUCCUCCAGGAAAAUCCUGAGACGAUUGUCGGUAUUCGAGAGGGCAUCGAGCGGACCUCGGAGGCGCUUGAUGUGAUACUGUCUCUGACCCAAGUCUGGCUAGACGUGGAGCACAAAGCAACCCCCCCUGUGCUGGCCCACUCCCUGGCAAUAUUACAAGACUCCAUCGUGACCCUCGACAAAGCCAACUCCUCCUUCUCCCCGGACCCCGAAAACCCUACUGCCGCCAAGCCCUUAUCUCUCCGUCUGGCCAUUGUCGCGCAAUCAAUACAUUCAUCCAUAUCAGCCGCCCACCCACUGGCAGCGGCGGCCACCACACCCCCAGCCCUCAGACCCGGCGCCCGAAACCUCUUCCACAAGUACGUCGGCAUGGGCGACCUCGACGAAGUCCAAGCCCUCCUCGAUGUCGACGACGGCAUACUCGCCCGGGCUCCCGGCCCCCAGGGCAUGUACCCAGUGCACUACGUCGCGUAUUGUGGACACCUUGAAAUCGUGCGUCUGCUUGUGCGGCACGGCGCGCAGGCGUGGGCGGCUGCAGGCCCGAAUGGCGAGACGCCGCUCUUUAUGGCUGCUGCGCCGGGGAAUUUGGAUGUUGUGAGAUAUUUGCUGAGUAUGGAGGAGGAGGGGAAGAAGGAGGAGGAGAGUGCUGGUGUGGAUGUCGACGUCAAUGUUGACAUUAUGUCUGACGCGCAUGGCGCCACACCCCUUCUAUCCGCGUGUGACCAUGGCCAUUUGGAGGUCGCGAGGUUUCUUGCCGUGGAGAAAAAGGCGGAUCCGUUUAUUGCGGAUAAGGAGGGGUGUUCCCCGCUGAUGAAGGCGGUUAAUGCGGGACAUAGGGGGGUUGUGGAGAUGUUGGUUAAGGAAGUAGAUCUGGAGGAGUUGGCGGGCACUAAAGAUGAAAGACAGCGGGACUUGGCGGCUGCCAGGGCAUUCUUGGAGAAAGGGGCGGAUAGUUCUCUUGAUCCUGGUGUGGAAAAGACACCGUUCCAGGCAGCUUUGGGGCGUGGAAUGGAUGCAGUCCUCGAACAUUUGUUUACAGAGGAGAUGAAGGUGACGAACUUGGAGAAUGUGGGUAGUGACGAAAGUGAUUAA